GACCAGACGAGCCAGCCGCCGCCAGAGGAGGCGGGCAGUUUGGACAGAGGUCACGGGUACAAGUACAACGUUAAGAACACCUUCAUCGACGUACAAGACGACGCGACGCCCAUGGGCAAUCCUUGGCGCCGCGCGAUGCUAGGUUUAGCAACGAGGCCGGCCUGGCCUUCAAACCUGGCGCGCGGCGCGCGCGCGCGCCCGCGCCAGCCCGCUCCGCUGUCCGCGCCUUCGGUGGGCUCGGCGGAGCACGGCAAGACGGGGCCGGACGGCCUGCCGGUGUGCCAGCCGUGCGCCUGGUUCUACAAGGAGACCGGCUGCAAGAACGGGCAGACCUGCCGUUACUGCCACCUCUGCCCGAACGGGGAGCUCAAGAAUCGCAAGAAGAUGAAGAUUGCGCGCCUGCGCAACCAGGACCUGACGACAGCACCCCAAAGGGGAGCCCGCAGUGACGCCGCGCGGCCCCCUGCUUGUCUGUGUAUACGGCCGGAAGUCGGGGAACAAGCGAUGGCUGAACCAUAA